AUGACUGAAAAAUAAGCUCAUACUCUUAUUAUAGGAUUAGUAAAACUAUUCGAGAGUGUAGAAUUAUUAUAAUGGAAUGAAUAAGCUAUUUAAUAAUUAUUUCCAUCUACAAUUGAUUAAUAAUUAGCUUAAUCAUUAACAGAUUGA